AUGAAGGAGGCAAGGCGACAGGGGUUCAGCAAGUCGGUUAUCAAGAAGGCCCCUAAUAUACAUCCCUCAGACAUGGGAGCCCCGAUCUGGCAACUUGCCCUUUGUCUUCUCCUGGCCUGGAUUAUUGUAGUUGUGUGCAUUAUAAAAGGGAUCAAGUCCUCUGGAAAGGUUGUGUACUUCACUGCCACAUUCCCGUACGUUAUCCUUAUCAUCCUUCUUAUCCGAGGCGGUCUCCUGGACGGGGCCAUUGAUGGCGUUAAAUACUUCAUCGUCCCCAAAUGGAGCAAACUGGCGACAAUAGACGUUUGGGCCGCUGCAGCCGGUCAGAACUUCUUUUCGUUAGGAGUGUCCUUCGGGGGUAUAAUGAUGUUCGGCAGCUACAACAAAUUCAAAAACAACAUCUAUACAGACGCAUUGAUCAUCAGCUCCAUGGAUCUUAUAACAAGCCUUAUUGCUGGCUUGGUCAUUUUUACCACCUUUGGCGGUAUGGCCAAGCAAAUCGGAGUGUCCGUUCAAGACGUAGCGAAGGCUGGAUAUGGUCUCGCAUUUGUGGUGUACCCCGAAGCUUUGUCCAACCUGCUGAAAUCUCACCUGUGGUCCAUAUUGUUUUUCUUUAUGUUGUUCACUCUCGGGCUCGACAGUCAGUUUGAUUUGAUGGAAACCACUCUUACGUGUAUACAAGACGAGUUUCCAAAACUCCGGAAGUAUAAGGCUCACCUGUGCAUCGGCUUUGCAGUCGCCUUGUACUUGGUUGCACUAUCAUGCAUCACCCAAGGCGGUGACUAUGUAGUGACAUUGAUGGAUUUCUUCGGUGCGGAUUACUCGCUUCUUUUCGUAUCUACCUGUGAAAGUAUCGCAAUCAUGUGGGUGUACGGAGUCGACCGGCUUAUGCAGGAUUGUACGUACAUGCUUGGACAUGAGCCUCGGCCGAAAUACUUCUGGGGUUUCUGUUGGUUUGUGUGUUCGCCUUUGGUUAUUGGGGCACUCUUCCUGUACCGAAUGAUACAAUUCAAGUCAACGGAAAUUUCAAAAGGUGUUCCAUUCCCUCAUUUUGCCCAAGGUAUCGGCUUUGGUCUCACCGAACUGAUACUGAGCCCAAUACCCGUCAUGUUUCUUUACAAUUUGUUUACCGCCAAAGGUAACGUUCUCGAGCGCCUAAGAACGAUAACCUCGCCCGAUGAAACAUGGGGACCCAACGACGGCAGUAUGAAACACCGCCUGACCAACGGUUUCAACAUGCUCGCGAAACAUGGUAUUGACAAUCCUGCAGUUGUUGCUUAUGAAGAUGACUACACGCACAUAUAA